AUGAGUUCCGUCGUGGUAGCAAAGCGGCAGAAGCGGCACGUAACAUCAACGACGUUUACGGUGCGAACACUACUAACGAUCCAUCAUAUAAUAUCAUCCACCGACUGUUAUUGGUUUGUUCGCUUUCGUGCCGGAAAUUUUGACCUCAGAAAUGAACCACGUCGUGGGCCGAAAAUGUUGGUCGACAAUGACGAAUUAAAGGCGAUUGUGGAGGCUGAUGAUUCUCAAACUACAGCUGAAUUAGCAGCAGCUUUCGAAGUUAGCACUAAAACAAUAUUGGUCAAUUUGCGUCAAAUUGGUAAGGUAAAGAAGCUAGACAAAUGGGUGUCUCACGAAUUGAAUGAACGCCAGCGCCAAAUAUGCGUCGAGACGUGCUUUGCACUGGUCAACAGACAAACAAACAAAGGCACAUUGAAUCGCAUUGUUACUUGUGACGAAAAAUGGAUUCUAUUCGAAAAUCGCAAGUGCUUAGCUAGUUGGUUAAAUCCUGGUUCAGUACCUAAGCAAUGCUCUAAACGAAAAAUGAUACCUAAGAAAGUGAUGGUAACUGUUUGGUGGUCUAGCGCCGGUGUAAUUCAUCACAGCUUCAUACCAAACGGCAUAAGCAUUACUGCAGAUGUGUGCUGUGAAGAACUAAACAUAAUAAUAGUGAAGCUCGCACGUUUCCAACCAGCCUUGGUCAAUCGUUUGGCUUCUGCACGACAACGCGCGACCUCAUACUGCACAGCAGACGGUCUCCAAGUUACAGGAGCUGGGGUUGAAAGUUCUCCGUCAUCUACCGUACUCACCAGAUCUUGCCCGUACUAG